AAAAAUCGAUGACUCUGCCGUAAAAAACAAACGUUUCGUUUUACUCGGUUCUUCUCGGUUAAAGUUCGUAUCUUUGCGUUUAACAAUCGAUUUUACUGAUGCGCGCGAUUGUUGAUUUUUCCUCGUCGAAUUUGAUUUCCGCAGCUCGCCGUUCAAAUUCCGUGAGGUCGGAAUAUACACGACACGCAUCGUUAGAACUCCUUCGUGACACGGCUGUAAUAGCUUCCGGUCAGACAUUCAACGGCGCUCGCUUCCGGUUCCCACCCUUCCGCGCGAGCCACGAGACAGAGAGAGAUAGAGAGAGAGAAAGAGAAAACGAAAAGGGGAAUUAGUUGAUUUCGCGCUGUCAGAUAUAGUCGCGGAUCGCAUAACGUCGUAAAUUACGCCGGCGUUGGCGGUUUCUUUUUUUUCUUCUGGUCGCGCAAAUAUACCGAUCAUGAAAUGCGCUUAUUGUUGUAUUCGAUGCGCGCGAUCGCUCGCUACGUUAAAAUGUUUUUCACGUUUUCUAGCAGAGUCUUCUUUUAUAUUACGUAAGAGGCUGCGAUUCUCUGCGAGACGUCUAGGCUGGUAUAACGGCGAUCCGCACAAAACCGUAAUAACGAGCAUAGCGAUACUAUUUCAUCUGCUACCGUUAUCAAAUCUUAAAACCUUCUUCUCGUUCGCGUCGAUCCCGCGACGUUCAAAUGCAUACUAAUUGAUUAUCGGAAAUCGCUUCUAAUUUCCCGAUGCUAACGUACGUAGCGUGUAAGGAAGCUGGUUUGAUCCUUCUCUUUCUCUCUCUUUCUCUUUUGCGUAAGUACAUCGGCGGAGAUGCUCGCGUUCCUGAAAAAUCCGGUUUUGCCAGACACCCGUUGUGUGGAUUGCUCACAUUGUCAGUUCUGCUAUUGUACGCGGGUGUAACUCGACGACAGGUGUACGCGACUGUACACACGGUGUUCCGUAAAAAGAGCAUUGUUUUCGCGCAUUGUUUUCUCUCUCGUGCUAAUCUUGCAACUGUGUUUUCUUGUUAAUAAACACGCGAUGCAAAUAAUAAUUGUGAGACACGAUAUUUACUUGAAUAAAAAGAUUUUCAUUGUAAUAAAUUUAUUUUCAGCUGACUUGCCGAUAGCUUGAUCAUAAAUUACGUUAAAAAAAUGUUUUGUGUGUGUGUUAACUUCUAUUUGCGCUAACACAAAGGCAAUUCGUGCCAAUUUUAGACUCGAUGUCAAGUCUUUGUUUUCGCUGUCACGUGUGAAACUUUUAUUGCGCCGUUCCGAAAUAAACGACGCGCGAACGCGCGUCGUCGCAAGCGCGCGAAGCCCAAACAGAAACACACCGCACCUGUAACGGAAUACAUUAAUGAAUCCUUCCUCAUCUGACUAUCGGUCACCUGACUCAUUUCCUGUGGGCUGAAAAAGCCCCCCACAGGCACGUUUCAAAUGGUCGAUACAAUUGUGUCCGGCGCAUCCGUCGCCGUAAUCACAGACGUGAACAAAAACCCCGUCAUUGUCGCUACGCGGUCGCAGAGAACAGCGAAAGUUAAAAGUGAAUGUUUGUUGGAUUUGCGUUCGAGUGUGCGAUAUUUGCAAACGUCGGUGUCAAAAAAUUGCGCGACUGUAAAUUCAACAUCAGAAAGAUACGCGCGAUAAUCAUCGACGACUUGGAGUGACGUGUAGUCGAGACGCACUUUGAUCGAAUCGGUCACAAUGUAAAGAACAAGCCAAUGAGAAACGAGAGAACAAACUGAGGAAAACCGAAGGAAGCGGCUCAUUUUCACGUUAACGAGAUCGAUUUAGCUAUCAUGGAGGACUUUGGUUUCACGAGAAGGGCCGACAAUGUUCUGAACAAGAUCCUCGCUGUUAACAACGAACAAACCCACGAGAGAGUUCGCGAGCAGCGAGGAUCUUCUUCGACUAAGACAUCGGAAGUCGUUGGUGGUGGUGGUGGAUCAACGACUCCAGCGCCUCCGACCGCAGCCGGAAGCGACGGCCGUGAACGCGCGUCAACCGCCGGCGGCUCAGUCGUGUCCAACACGCCGAUCAUACCGAACGUGGUGGAGUAUCAUCUCAAAGUCAAGCCUAGUCCACGAAACAGCCGACCCGACAACGUUCCCAGAGACCAGCCUCUGGAAGACAUGAAGAAGGAGAAGAAUCUGGUACCCGCGGAUGAUAAGAAGAAAGAUCUCGUGACGAAGCUGUCGCGUCUGUCCAUCGACAAUAACGUGUUCGAGGGUUCCACCGAUUUACCUCAGGUGUUUCAGGUGAAGUACCUGGGAUCCCACGAUGCGAGAGGCCUCUGGGGCAUCAAGCACACGAGAAGACCCGUCGAUAACAUGGUGUCUGCCGCAAAGGCUUUGCCGACCAACACGAUGCUUCCUCUGAUCAAGCUGGUGGUCUCUCAAGAAGGAGUCGCUCUAUUAUCGCUGGACAAAAAGAAGCAAGACUUGUCCAGAAUGUAUCCUAUCGAGACGAUCUCUUACGGGGUGCAGGAUCUUGUUUACACCAGAGUCUUUUCCAUGAUAGUCGUUCGCGAGACGGAAAAUUUCAGAAGAAUCUCGCCGUUCGAGUGUCACGGUUUCGUUUGCGAGUCGAAAUAUUACGCGAGGCAACUGACGUACGCUCUCGCCGCGGCGUUUGAAAUUUAUUCCAAAACCGUGAAGGCGCAGGAGAAACUGGCCGAGACCGCGAAAUGUAACAAGAAGAGAUUUGCGAUCGAUUUGAGAAGUCCCGAAGAGAUCGAGGCGGAUCUCACGAUGGAUUCCGAAGCGUAGUUUUUGGAUUCUUGUUCGAUAUUUUAUUAGACUAAGCUGUAAAUAUACAUAGUGCACGUGAGAAAAAUUUUAAGAACGUUUUUUUAACUUUUAAAAAGAAAAAAAAUAUUUUUGACACAUAGAGCUCUUUUACGAGAAAUUUAUUUUAUGAAACACAAGUUCUUGUUUUGCGCGGUUGCGCAUCUUUUUGAGAAAAAAAUAUUUUAAAAAAGGACGAUACAGGGUACAAAGUGUGGGACUAGCUUUCCGGAAGAGUAUUAUCACAUUUUUAUCAUUUUUAUCAUAUAAAUAUUAUUUAUAUUUAAUUUUUAUGCAAGAUUAUUAUUUCUAUAUUCUUUUAAAUACCGUGUGAUUUCCGUGAAAAACCUGUACAUAUAUUUAUUUAAACUCGAGUUUAAAUAGAAAAUAAAUAAUAUAUUUCUUAUAAAGUAAAAUA